AGCGUCCUAUUCACAGUCUGAGCUGCUCGCAAGCCACAUGGCAUAGCCUGUUUAUUACCGGACUUCCUGGUGGGAUACAUUUUGGACGAUUCUCAUCGUAGUCUUGCGGCCUUAGGAUUGCGUACUUACGAUUUGGGAAUCAAUUUUCGCUCAUUGUUGAAGGUGGGGUGGCCAAGCGAUGACUUGGUCGAGAGGAAUGAAGGUUUUCACUUCUGAGCUGGCCUCGGUUGGAGCGUCUCAGCUCCCUGGUUGUGGCCUGAAAGACGAUGAACACGUUUGGUUGGACACACUUGCUGAUAUGGCUAGGAGCCGACCACAGUGGCGUUCGUGCUAUCACUGCAGGAACCGGAUUUUGGUCAAACACAGCCAAUCAACGCUCGGCAUCGCUGCAGGAAGAGCAUAUAUCAGAAGUGCGCAAAUUAAUUGGAGAACACAUUGAAGUUGCCGUGGAAUUGUGGGAAUUUUGCGUAGCACGAGCCCACCGUGCAAAUGCAUGUGUUCAGUCAGCCUUCGUUUUGCUCACAUUGGGGCUUGUCGGUCUCUUCUCUGGUCCCUUUGUAGUAAUACUAAGUCGAAGAAUUAUGAUUUAUCUGUCUGUCGGAAGUGUCGUUUUCUUAAUGGCCUCUUUCACACUCAUCUACGCAGCAUCAUUGGAAUACAACAACUGCGUUAUCGAGCGACAAAUUAGAUAUAUGAACGAACGGGAAUUUGCAUUGGUUUCGUACAAAGGACGCUACUUUGUUCCCAGUUUGAAGCCAAAUUAUCAAUCACUCAUUGGACUACUCAUUGCCUAUCUAUUCGGCUUUUUCCCUAUGACUGCGAUUGGUUUGUACUUGACGAUAAAAGCAUCCCUUGGUCUGUAAAAUGAUCUGUAACCUGUCAAGUAUUGAAUCACUACAGUAGGUGUUGUAGCAUUGUCACAGUUACCGCAUACUUAUUAUAACUACGUUUCUCGACUUCAAGCAUGCUUUUAACGCAGCCGCUCGCGUCGUUCUGUGCUGUAAACAUUUCCGGAAGAGUGUUUUUAUGAAGCAUGUUAACAUUCUACAUGCGCUGUACUCAAACACCUUAGGUCAAGUCAGGC